GACAUUAGGUUUUUGCUGAGUUGCGCAACGGACGUUUAGAUUAAGAAGCAUUGCUACUUUUGGCGCCAAGCAAGUAAAAAACACAUUACAAUCGUAUUCCACGGCAAGUGCUGGAAAAUAUUAUGCCGCCAAGGAAAGCUACUAAACGAACCGCCCAAGUUCCUCCGACGGGACAAAAGAAGUCCAAACAGCUAAAAAAAAAGCAAGAUUUAAAGUUGAAACCAAAUUUACGACAAUCCAAUAAAGGCGGUUACAUACUUGCAUUCGGACAAGGCGAUGUUGGACAACUUGGACUGGGAGAAGAUGUCAUUGAAAAGAUUCGUCCUGCGACUAUUCCUGGAUUUCAAGAUGUUGUUACUGUAGCAGCUGGAGGCAUGCAUAAUGUUUGUUUAAGACAAACCGGUGAGGUAAUAACAUUUGGAUGUAACGAUGAAGGGGCUCUGGGAAGAGAUACAUCCAAAGAAGGCUCGGAAACUGUACCAGGUUGCGUUGAUUUACCUGCUAAAGCUAUUCAAGUAACAGCCGGUGACUCUCACAGCGCUGCAUUAUUAGAAGAUGGUAGAGUCUUUGCGUGGGGUUCUUUUAGAGACUCUCAUGGUACUAUGGGAUUGACGUUAAAAGGAAAUGAAAGACUUCCUAUAGAAUUAUUACCUAAUGUUAAAAUAGUUAAAGUAGCAUCGGGUGCUGAUCAUUUAGUAUUACUUAGUGAAUCUGGAAAUGUAUAUACCUGUGGUUGCGGCGAGCAAGGUCAACUAGGACGAAUAGCUGCUAGAACCGCUAGUAGAAAUAGUCGUCAGGGUAUAGGACCUUUGUUAACGCCUGGAAUAGUUGAAUUUAAAAUUACUAAGAAAUUAGAAUUUAAUGAUAUAUGGGCGGGUACAUAUUGUACUUUUCUAAAAGAAUAUAGUAAAGGAGACAUAUAUGUUUUUGGUUUGAACAAUUAUUAUCAAAUUGGUUUAAGUGAACCAUCCACUUAUUUUCAUCCACAAGUAUCAAAAACUUUUAGUGGGAAAGUAUGGAGGCAUAUCAGUAGUGGUCAACAUCAUACCAUUGCUUUAGAUGAUGUAGGUCAAGUUUUUGUAAUGGGUCGUAAAGAAUAUGGUCGUCUAGGCCUUGGACCUAACUGUUCGGAUGCCAACGAAUUAACUUUAGUUUCUGCUUUAAGUUCUAUGAAAUGUACCGAUGUAUCAGCUGGUAGCGCACAAUCUUUUGCAGUUACAGAAUUAGGAGAUCUAUAUUCGUGGGGAAUGGGAACAAGUGGACAACUAGGUACAGGAGCAGAAGAAGAUGUAGAAGAACCUCAAUUAGUUAAAGGGAAACAAUUAGAAGGCAAAACAAUAAUACAAGUUUCUGGUGGUGGACAACAUACGUUAAUUUUAGCGAUAUCUCGCCCAAUAAAAGAUAAAACUGCGGGUUAAUUAAAAGUAAUGUAACAUUUGUAUAAUAUCACACAUGUGUGAUACUAAGGUCGGACAACGAAGGACAAAAAAAAAAUGUGUGUAAAUUAAAUGUGCCUAAUAACUUUAUGACGAAAACAAAGAUAUGAUCAAGAUCAAUUUUUUAAUGCAUUCAAAUCCUUGAUGAAAGGAGAAUUUUCAUUUUUGUAUAUAAUGCAUUAUUAUCGGAAAUGAAAUCAUGGUGUUCGGAAUUAUUGGAAAUUGUUUAAUUUGGAAUUAUAGGAAAUUGUUUAAUUUCUUUGUUAGUUUUUCUAUUUACAAAUGUGUAUUACAGAAAUAAAUUUUUUCUACAA